AUGAUUGGAAACAAGAAGAACAAAAAUGCAAAGACAGAAGGAACCGGAGGGGACCAUGACACCAAAAAACUAGACGGCGAGAAUGCAAGACUCGCAGACUAUUUUGAUGUAAUUGCAGGGACGAGCACAGGUGGGCUUGUGACCGCCAUGCUCACAGCUCCGGAUGAAAACAAUCGCCCGUUGUAUGCCGCCAAAGAAAUCAAACCUUUCUACCUCGAGCACGGCCCUAAGAUCUUUCCACAGAACAGCCCAUUUUCUCUCGUUAAAAAAGUAGCGAGCGUACUCCUAGGACCAAAGUAUGACGGCCAGUAUCUUCAUCGUCUCAUCAAAGGGAAGUUGGGAAACACAAGGUUGCACCAGACGUUAACUAACAUUGUUGUUCCGACUUUUGACAUCAAGGAACUCCAGCCAACUAUUUUCUCAAGCUAUCAGGUGAAGAAUAAACCGAGCCUAGACGCUUUACUCUCAGAUAUAUGCAUAUCAACUUCAGCGGCCCCGACCUACCUCCCUGCACAUUAUUUUGAAACGAAGGAGCCCUCAGGGAAAGUGAGGGAAUUCAAUCUUAUUGAUGGUGGAGUAGCUGCUAAUAACCCGACUCUGGUUGCCAUGGGUGAAGUGAGCAAGCACAUUCACAAGGGUAACAGUGACUUUUCUUCCGUGAAGCCAACAGAUUAUGCCCGGUUCCUUGUCUUGUCAGUAGGAACCGGGUCGGCCAAAACAGAGAACAAAUACUCAGCAAAUUCAGCUGCCAAGUGGGGAUCUUUGGCAUGGCUGGUCAACGGUGGAUCUACUCCAUUGAUUGACGUUUUCAAUCAAGCCGGCGGUGACAUGGUCAACUUCCACCUUCGUGUAGUGUUCAAGACCCUUGAAUCAGAAAUAACUUUCUUCGGAUUCAGUAUUAAAAAAGAAAAAAAAUCUUAUUUGACACGCGUGGAUGCAGGACGACACAUUAACGGGGAAGUGUCUUCAGUUGACACAGCAACCAAGGAAAACAUGGAAAAGCUUGUUGAAGUUGGAGAGAGAUUGCUGAAGAAGCCGGUUUCAAGGAUGAAUUGGGAUACCGGCAUGUUAGAACCCAUCAAUGAGGGAACUAGUAACGAGGAGGCUCUCAUAAGGUCCACAAGCUCUUGA